CGCUCGGGCCUCGCGUGCCCGUGUCCCUGCGGGCGCGGGUGCGGCCGCCGCCGCCGAGCAGCCGGGCCUGCGCCCGGCACGACUGUAGAUGUCAGGCUUUGCCCGGAGAGCCAAGCGGCGGCGGGGCUGUGAGUUUCAAAUUAACCUUCCGCUUUGUUGCUGUGUAAUGUGGAUCCCCGAAGGCCCCCCGCCCCGCUCGCCCCCCUUCCCCUGGCCGGGCCGUGCGCGCUGCAAACUGCGAGUUGGGCUUCAUUUACAUAAAGCGAUUCCGGGCGGGCGGCUGGCCGGCCGAGGCGGCGGGUAGGCCGGGGGGGAGGGGGGGAAGCGAGCGCCGCACCCCGUGGGUGAAUCCCCGCCGCCGCGCCCCGGGGGACCCUACCUCCCAGGGAGGGGCAGGCCACCGCUCGAGCCUCACCAUGAGCCCCAGUCCCUUGCCUCCCACCUCCCCGCACCUAGCCAGAGCCACCUCGGAGCCCCAGGGGCAGCGGGAGGUGGGGAGAAUGCCGCCUGGGGUGGCUAAGUGCGGGGCUUUGGUGCCGCUGGAAAUUCCCGCUGUCGCGCAAGGCGCGGCCCCCGGACCUGCGAGUGUCUCCUCCUUCCGGAGGUGUGCGGAGGCUUUGUGUGUCAGGUCCGAUCCGUACUGGGUGCAAUGAAAGCUCCACGCAGGCCUUACCAUGGAAGGCUGUGACUCGCCUGUCGUCUCGGGGAAGGACAAUGGGUGCGGUCUCCCUCAGCACCAGCAAUGGACUGAACUCAACAGCACCCACCUCCCUGACAAACCCAGUAGCAUGGAGCAGCCCACGAGCGAGAACCAUGGGCCCCUGGACGGCCUGAGGGCCCCCUUCAAUGAGCGCCUUGCCGAGAGCACCGCCUCGGCCAGCCCUGCCGCCGAGCCCGCUAGCAAGGAGGUCAGCUGCAACGAGUGCUCGUCCUCCUUUGCCAGUUUACAGACCUACAUGGAGCAUCACUGCCCCAGCGCGUGCCCCCCACUGCCCCUGAGAGAGGAGAGCGGGAGCGACACCAGUGAGGAGGGGGACGAGGAGAGUGAUGUGGAGAACCUGGCUGGAGAGAUAGUCUACCAGCCGGACGGCUCGGCCUAUAUUGUUGAGAGCCUGAGCCAGCUGACCCAAAGCGGGGGCGCCUGUGGCAGCGGGGCUCUCCCUUCACUCUUUGUGAACUCUCUCCCCGCCGCAGGGGGCAAACAAGGGGACCCUUCUUGUGCUGCACCAGUGUACCCACAGAUCAUCAACACUUUCCACAUAGCCUCAUCCUUUGGGAAAUGGUUUGAGGGCCCAGACCAGGCUUUCCCGAAUACCUCAGCCCUGGCGGGGCUCAGCCCCGUCCUGCACAGCUUCCGCGUUUUCGACGUGCGACACAAAAGCAACAAGGAUUACCUGAACAGCGAUGGUUCUGCCAAAAGCUCCUGCGUAUCCAAAGAUGUUCCCAACAAUGUGGACCUGUCCAAAUUCGAUGGCUUCGUGUUCUACGGGAAGAGGAAGCCCAUCCUGAUGUGCUUCCUGUGCAAACUCUCCUUCGGGUACGUCCGCUCCUUUGUGACACACGCCGUGCAUGACCAUCGGAUGACCCUGAGUGAGGACGAGCGGAAGAUUCUUAGCAAUAAGAACAUCUCCGCUAUCAUCCAAGGGAUUGGCAAAGACAAGGAACCCCUUGUAAGUUUUCUGGAACCAAAAAACAAAAACUUUCAACACCCUUUAGUUUCCACAGCUAACCUCAUAGGCCCCGGACACAGUUUUUAUGGAAAAUUCAGUGGCAUUCGGAUGGAAGGGGAGGAGGCUGUCCCAGCCAGCUCUGCCACUGGCCCCGAGCAGCCCCAGGCUGGUAUCUUGCCCCCCAGCACCCUCUUGAACCUUGGUGGGCUCACCAGCUCGGUCCUGAAGACCCCCAUUACCUCAGUCCCCCUGGAGCCUCUGGCCUCCAGUCCUACCAAAUCCUCAGAGGGCAAGGACUCUGGGCCAGCAGAAGGAGAGAAGCAAGAAGUGGGUGACCCGGAUUGCUUCUCUGAGAAAGCAGAGCCUGUCGAGGAGGAGGUGGAGGAGGAGGAAGAGGAGGAGGAGGAAGAAGUGGAGGAGGAGGAGGAGGAGGAGGAAGAGGAGGAAGAAGAGGAGGAGGAAGACGAGGGUUGCAAAGGACUCUUUCCGAGCGAGUUGGAUGACGAACUGGAGGACAAGCCCCAUGAGGAGUCUGGGGCUGCGGCAGGUAGUAGCAGCAAAAAGGACCUUGCUCUCUCAAACCAAAGCAUUUCUAACUCCCCCUUAAUGCCUAAUGUGCUCCAGACCCUGUCGAGGGGCACAGCUUCUACUAGUUCUAAUUCUGCUUCUUCCUUUGUUGUCUUUGAUGGUGCGAACAGGAGGAAUCGUUUAAGCUUUAACAAUGAGGGUGUCAGGGCCAAUGUGGCAGAGGGCGGCAGGAGGCUGGACUUCACUGACGAAAGUGCCAAUAAAGACAAUGCCACAGCACCAGAACCAAAUGAAAGCACAGAGGGCGAGGAUGGGAGCUUUGCCUCCCAUCACCAGCACUCGGGCUCCCUCUGUGAGCUUGGGGUUGGAGAGUGCCCCUCGGGGAGCGGCGUGGAGUGCCCCAAGUGUGACACGGUCCUGGGCUCCUCCCGCUCGCUUGGUGGCCACAUGACCAUGAUGCAUUCCCGUAACUCGUGUAAGACCCUCAAGUGCCCCAAGUGCAACUGGCACUAUAAGUACCAGCAGACGCUGGAGGCGCACAUGAAGGAGAAACACCCGGAGCCUGGGGGCUCGUGUGUCUACUGCAAAAGUGGGCAGCCCCACCCUCGGUUGGCGCGAGGCGAGAGCUACACCUGUGGUUACAAGCCUUUCCGCUGCGAGGUUUGUAACUACUCCACAACGACCAAAGGCAACCUCAGUAUUCAUAUGCAGUCCGACAAGCAUCUCAACAACAUGCAGAACCUGCAGAACGGAGGGGGCGAACAAGUCUUCAGUCACACGGCUGGCGCAGCGGCGGCUGCAGCGGCCGCCGCCGCCGCCGCCGCCGCCAACAUCGGUAGCUCCUGCGGGGCGCCCUCGCCCACCAAACCAAAAACCAAGCCCACCUGGCGGUGUGAGGUGUGCGACUACGAGACCAACGUGGCCAGGAACCUCCGCAUUCACAUGACCAGUGAGAAGCACAUGCACAACAUGAUGCUGCUGCAGCAGAACAUGACCCAGAUCCAACACAGCCGCCACCUGGGCCUCGGCAGCCUGCCCUCGCCCGCCGAGGCCGAGCUCUACCAGUACUACCUGGCGCAGAACGUGAGCCUGCCCAGCCUGAAGAUGGAGAGCGCCGCCUCGGACGCCCAGUUCAUGGUGAGCGGAUUCCAGCUGGAUCCCGCCGGGCCCGUGGCCGCCAUGACGCCUGCUCUAGUGGGCGGUGAGAUCCCCCUAGACAUGCGGCUCGGGGGUGGGCAACUGGUGUCGGAGGAGCUGAUGAACUUGGGUGAGAGCUUCAUCCAGACCAACGAUCCAUCACUGAAGCUCUUCCAGUGUGCCGUCUGCAACAAGUUCACCACGGACAACCUGGACAUGCUGGGGCUGCACAUGAACAUGGAGCGCAGCCUCCCGGAGGACGAGUGGAAGGCUGUGAUGGGGGACUCGUACCAGUGCAAGCUGUGUCGCUAUAACACCCAGCUGAAGGCCAACUUCCAGCUGCACUGCAAGACAGACAAGCAUGUGCAGAAGUACCAGCUGGUGGCCCACAUCAAGGAGGGCGGCAAAGCCAACGAGUGGCGACUCAAGUGCGUAGCCAUCGGCAACCCUGUCCACCUCAAGUGCAAUGCCUGUGACUACUACACCAACAGCUUGGAGAAGCUGCGCCUGCACACUGUCAACUCCAGGCAUGAGGCCAGCCUGAAGUUGUACAAGCACCUGCAGCAGCACGAGAGUGGCAUUGAGGGAGAGAGCUGCUACUACCACUGUGUCCUGUGCAACUACUCCACCAAAGCCAAGCUCAACCUCAUCCAGCACGUGCGUUCCAUGAAGCACCAGCGCAGCGAGAGCUUGCGCAAGCUGCAGAGGCUGCAGAAGGGUCUUCCUGAGGAGGACGAGGACCUGGGGCAGAUCUUCACCAUCCGCAGGUGCCCCUCCAGCGACCCAGAGGAAGCCACUGAAGAUGUUGAAGGACCCAGUGAAACAGCUGCUGAUCCGGAGGAGCUUGCUAAAGACCAGGAGAGCGGAGCCUCAUCCAGCCAAGCGGAGAAGGACCUGACAGAUUCUCCUGCAACCUCCAAACGCAUCUCCUUCCCAGGUAGCACCGGGUCUCCCCUCUCUGCAAAGCGACCAAAAACAUCUGAGGAGACUAAACCAGAGCAGAUGUACCAGUGUCCAUACUGCAAGUACAGCAACGCUGACGUCAACCGGCUCCGGGUGCACGCCAUGACGCAGCACUCAGUGCAGCCCAUGCUUCGCUGCCCUCUGUGCCAGGACAUGCUCAACAACAAGAUCCACCUCCAGCUGCACCUCACCCACCUCCACAGCGUGGCACCUGACUGCGUGGAGAAGCUCAUUAUGACGGUGACCACCCCUGAGAUGGUAAUGCCCAGCAGCAUGUUCCUCCCAGUGGCCAUUCCAGAUCGAGAUGGGAAUUCCAAUUUGGAGGAGGCAGGAAAGCAACCUGAAACCUCAGAGGAUGUGGGAAAGAACAUCUUGCCUUCAGUGAGUACAGAACACACUGGAGAUUUGAAACCGUCUCCUGCUGACCCAGGCUCUGUGAGGGAAGACUCAGGCUUCCUCUGCUGGAAGAAGGGGUGCAAUCAGGUUUUCAAAACUUCUGCUGCCCUUCAGACACAUUUCAGUGAAGUUCACACCAAGAGACCUCAGCUGCCCGUGUCAGAUCGCCACGUGUACAAAUACCGCUGUAAUCAGUGCAGCCUGGCAUUUAAGACCAUUGAAAAGUUGCAGCUCCAUUCUCAGUACCACGUGAUCAGAGCUGCCACCAUGUGCUGUCUUUGUCAGCGUAGUUUCCGAACUUUCCAGGCUCUGAAAAAACACCUGGAGACAAGCCACCUGGAAUUGAGUGAGGCUGACAUCCAACAGCUUUAUGGUGGCCUUCUAGUCAAUGGGGACCUCCUGGCAAUGGGAGACCCCACCCUGGCUGAGGACCACACCAUAAUAGUUGAGGAAGAUAAGGAAGAAGAGAGUGACUUGGAAGAUAAACAGAGCCCCAUGGGCAGUGACUCUGGGUCGGUACAAGAAGACUCAGGCUCAGAGCCCAAGAGAGCUCUGCCUUUCAGAAAAGGCCCAAACUUCACCAUGGAAAAAUUUCUAGACCCCUCUCGCCCUUACAAGUGUACUGUCUGCAAGGAAUCUUUCACUCAAAAGAACAUCCUAUUAGUGCACUACAAUUCUGUCUCCCACCUGCAUAAGUUAAAAAGAGCUCUACAAGAAUCAGCAACUGGCCAGGCAGAACCCACCAGCAGCCCAGACAACAAACCUUUUAAGUGUAACACCUGUAAUGUGGCCUACAGCCAGAGUUCCACUUUGGAGAUCCACAUGAGGUCUGUGUUGCAUCAAACCAAGGCCCGGGCAGCCAAGCUAGAGGCUGCAAGUGGCAGUAACAGUGGGACUGGGAACAGCAGUAGUGUCUCCCUGAGCUCCUCCACCCCAAGUCCUGUGAGUACCAGUGGCAGUAACACCUUUAACACCACCAAUCCAAGCAGUGCUGGUAUUGCUCCGAGUUUGAGCCAUGGGCCCACUGAAAGUGGAGGGAUGCCACCCCUUGGGAAUCCCGUGAGUGCCAACAUCGCUUCUACUUCAGAGCCCAAAGAAGCCAAUCGGAAGAAGCUGGCAGAUAUGAUUGCCUCCAGGCAGCAGCAGCAGCAGCAGCAGCAGCAGCAGCAGCAAGCACAAACCUUGGCCCAGGCUCAGGCCCAAGUUCAAGCUCACCUGCAGCAAGAGCUGCAGCAGCAGGCUGCCCUGAUCCAGUCACAGCUGUUCAACCCUACCCUCCUUCCUCACUUCCCCAUGACCACUGAGACCCUGCUGCAGUUGCAGCAGCAGCAGCAUCUCCUCUUCCCCUUCUACAUCCCCAGUGCUGAGUUCCAGCUCAACCCCGAGGUGAGCUUGCCAGUGACCAGCGGGGCACUGACACUGACUGGGACGGGCCCCGGCCUGCUGGAAGAUUUAAAGGCUCAGGCUCAGAUCCCACAGCAGAGCCACCCACAGAUCCUGCAGCAGCAACCGCAGCAGAGCCAGCUCUCUCUGUCCCAGAGUCACUGUGCCCUUCUUCAGUCAAGCCAACACCCCGAGAAGAAAAACAAAUUAGCCCUCAAAGAAAAGGAGAAGGAAAGCCAGAGAGAGAGGGACAAUGCCGAGGGGGGAGAUAGCACCCCGGGGCCAAAGGAACCGCUGCCAGAUACCCUGAAGGCCAAAGAGAAGAAGGAGUUGGCACCAGGGAACAGUUCUGAGCCUUCCAUGCUCCCUCCUCGCAUUGCCUCAGACGCCAGAGGGAACGCCACCAAGGCGCUGCUGGAGAACUUUGGCUUUGAGCUGGUCAUUCAGUACAAUGAGAACAAGCAGAAGGUGCAGAAGAAGAAUGGCAAGACUGAGCAGGGAGAGCACCUGGAAAAGUUGGAGUGUGACUCCUGUGGGAAGUUGUUUUCCAACAUCUUGAUUUUGAAGAGUCAUCAAGAGCACGUUCAUCAGAAUUACUUUCCCUUUAAACAGCUAGAGAGGUUUGCCAAACAGUACAGAGAGCACUAUGACAAACUCUACCCUCUGAGGCCCCAGACCCCAGAGCCGCCACCUCCUCCCCCUCCCCCUCCCCCUCUUCCUGCAGCACCCCCUCAGCCAGCUUCCACACCAGCCCUUCCUGCGUCGGCCCCUCCCAUCACAUCUCCCACAACAGCUCCUACCCAGCCAUCUGUUCCUCUCACCCAACUCUCCAUGCCCAUGGAGCUGCCCAUCUUCUCACCACUGAUGAUGCAGACAAUGCCCCUGCAGACCUUACCGGCUCAGCUGCCACCUCAGCUGGGGCCUGUGGAACCUCUGCCUGCAGACCUGGCCCAGCUCUACCAGCAUCAGCUCAACCCCAGCCUGCUCCAGCAGCAAAAUAAGAGACCUCGAACCAGGAUCACGGACGACCAGCUCCGAGUCCUGCGGCAAUAUUUUGAUAUUAACAACUCCCCCAGUGAAGAACAGAUCAAAGAGAUGGCAGACAAGUCUGGGUUGCCCCAGAAAGUGAUCAAGCACUGGUUCAGAAAUACUCUCUUCAAAGAGCGGCAGCGCAACAAGGACUCCCCGUACAACUUCAGCAACCCUCCCAUCACCAGUCUGGAGGAGCUCAAGAUUGACUCCCGGCCCCCUUCACCAGAACCUCAGAAGCAGGAGUACUGGGGAAGCAAGAGGUCUUCAAGAACAAGGUUCACUGACUACCAGCUGCGGGUCCUGCAGGAUUUUUUUGAUGCCAAUGCUUACCCCAAGGACGAUGAAUUUGAGCAACUCUCUAAUUUAUUGAACCUUCCAACCCGAGUCAUAGUGGUAUGGUUUCAAAAUGCCCGACAGAAGGCCAGGAAAAAUUAUGAGAAUCAGGGAGAGGGCAAAGAUGGAGAGCGGCGUGAGCUUACCAACGAUAGGUACAUUCGGACGAGCAACUUGAACUACCAGUGCAAAAAAUGCAGCCUGGUGUUUCAGCGCAUCUUUGAUCUCAUCAAGCACCAGAAGAAGCUUUGUUACAAGGAUGAAGAUGAGGAGGGGCAGGACGACAGCCAAAAUGAGGAUUCCAUGGACGCCAUGGAAAUCCUAACCCCCACUAGCUCUUCCUGCAGCACCCCAAUGCCCUCACAGGCCUACAUUGCCCCAGCUCCGUCAGCCAAUACAGCAUCCUCCACCUUCUUGCAGCUUACGGCAGAGGCUGAUGAACUGGCCGCCUUCAGUUCAAAAGCAGAAGCAAGUGAUGAGAAACCAAAGCAAGCUGACCCUCCCAGUGCACAGCCCAACCACACCCAAGAGAAGCAAGGGCAACCAAAGCAAGAGCUGCAGCAGCAAGACCAGCCUGAGCAAAAGACAAAUGCACCCCAACAAAAGCUCCCCCAGCUGGCUUCUCCCCCUUCAUUACCACAGCCACCUCCACAGGCAGCCCCUCCUCAGUGCCCCUUACCUCAGUCAAGCCCCAGUCCUUCCCAGCUCUCCCACCUUCCCCUCAAGCCCCUCCACACGUCAACUCCUCAACAGUUGGCAAACCUACCUCCUCAGCUAAUCCCCUACCAGUGUGACCAGUGUAAAUUGGCAUUUCCAUCCUUUGAGCACUGGCAGGAGCAUCAGCAGCUUCACUUUCUGAGUGCACAGAGCCAGUUCAUCCACCCGCAGUUUUUGGACAGAUCACUGGAUAUGCCUUUCAUGCUGUUUGACCCCAGUAACCCACUCCUGGCCAGCCAGCUGCUCUCGGGGGCCAUCCCUCAGAUUCCAGCAAGCUCAGCCACUUCUCCGUCAACCCCAACCUCCACAAUGAACACCCUGAAGAGAAAGCUGGAGGAAAAGGCCAGCGCGAGCCCUGGCGAAAAUGACAGUGGGACAGGAGAAGAACCUCAGAGAGACAAGCGUUUGAGGACGACCAUUACACCAGAGCAGCUCGAAAUUCUCUACCAAAAGUAUCUACUGGACUCCAAUCCAACUCGAAAGAUGUUGGAUCACAUUGCGCACGAGGUGGGCUUGAAGAAACGUGUGGUGCAAGUUUGGUUUCAGAAUACCCGAGCUCGGGAAAGGAAAGGACAGUUCCGGGCUGUGGGUCCAGCUCAGGCCCACAGGAGGUGCCCCUUUUGCAGAGCACUCUUCAAAGCCAAGACUGCCCUGGAGGCUCACAUCCGGUCUCGCCACUGGCAUGAAGCCAAGAGAGCUGGCUAUAACCUCACUCUAUCUGCAAUGCUGUUAGACUGUGAUGGGGGGCUUCAGAUGAAAGGAGAUAUUUUUGAUGGAACUAGCUUUUCUCACCUACCCCCAAGCAGUGGCGAUGGCCAGGGUGUUCCCCUCUCACCUGUGAGUAAAACCAUGGAGUUAUCGCCCAGAACUCUCCUUAGCCCUUCCUCUAUCAAAGUGGAAGGGAUUGAAGACUUUGAAAGCCCCUCUAUGUCCUCAGUUAAUCUAAACUUUGACCAAACUAAGCUGGACAAUGACGACUGUUCCUCUGUCAACACGGCAAUCACAGAUACCACCACUGGAGACGAGGGCAAUGCAGAUAACGACAGUGCCACAGGAAUAGCAACUGAAACCAAAUCUUCGGCGCCUAAUGAAGGGUUGACCAAAGCCGCCAUGAUGGCAAUGUCCGAGUAUGAAGAUCGGUUGUCUUCGGGUCUGGUCAGCCCAGCCCCGAGCUUUUACAGCAAGGAGUAUGACAAUGAAGGCACAGUGGACUACAGUGAGACCUCAAGCCUUGCAGACCCUUGCUCCCCGAGUCCUGGUGCAAGCGGGUCGACAGGCAAAUCUGGAGAUAGCGGGGAUAGGCCUGGGCAGAAACGUUUUCGCACUCAAAUGACCAAUCUGCAGCUAAAGGUCCUCAAGUCAUGCUUUAAUGACUACAGGACGCCCACCAUGCUAGAGUGUGAGGUCCUGGGCAAUGACAUUGGACUGCCAAAGAGAGUUGUUCAGGUCUGGUUCCAGAAUGCCCGGGCAAAAGAAAAGAAGUCCAAGUUAAGCAUGGCCAAGCAUUUUGGUAUAAACCAAACAAGUUAUGAGGGACCCAAAACAGAGUGCACUUUGUGUGGCAUCAAGUACAGCGCUCGGCUGUCUGUACGUGACCAUAUCUUUUCCCAACAGCAUAUCUCCAAAGUUAAAGACACUAUCGGAAGCCAGUUGGACAAGGAGAAAGAGUACUUUGACCCAGCCACUGUACGACAGUUGAUGGCUCAACAAGAGUUGGACCGGAUUAAAAAGGCUAACGAGGUGCUCGGCCUGGCAGCUCAGCAGCAGGGCAUGUUUGACGGCGCCCCUCUCCAGGCGCUGAACCUCCCUGCAGCAUACCCAGCACUCCAGGGCAUUCCUCCUGUGCUGCUCCCCGGCCUCAACAGCCCCUCCUUGCCAGGCUUUACUCCAUCCAACACAGCUUUAACGUCUCCCAAACCGAACUUGAUGGGUCUGCCCAGCACAACAGUUCCUUCCCCUGGCCUCCCCACCUCUGGAUUACCAAAUAAACCGUCCUCAGCCUCGCUGAGCUCCCCAACCCCAGCACAAGCCACCAUGGCGAUGGCGCCUCAGCAACCCUCCCAACCCCAGCAACAGCCACCGGUGCAGCAGCCGCCACCGCCAGCAGCGGCCCAGCCGCCACCUGCCCCACAGCUCCCGCUGCAGCAGCAGCCACGGAAGGACAAGGACGGUGAGAAAGGCAAGGAGAAGGCACACAAAGCCAAAGGGGAGCCCCUGCCCGUUCCCAAGAAGGAGAAAGGAGAGGCUCCCGCCGCGGCAGCACCCACCAUUACUGCCCCACUGCCCACCAUGGAGUACGCGGUGGAUCCUGCGCAGCUGCAGGCCCUGCAGGCAGCCUUGACUUCGGACCCCACAGCGCUGCUCACGAGCCAGUUCCUUCCUUACUUUGUACCAGGCUUUUCUCCUUAUUACGCCCCCCAGCUCCCUGGCGCCCUGCAGAGCGGUUACCUACAGCCGAUGUACGGCAUGGAAGGCCUGUUUCCCUACAGCCCUGCGCUGUCGCAGGCCCUGAUGGGGCUGACCCCGGGCUCCCUACUGCAGCAGUACCAGCAAUACCAGCAGAGCCUGCAGGAGGCGCUGCAGCAGCAGCGCCAGGCGCAGCCGCAGAAAGCGCAGCAGCCCAAAGCAGGCCCUGCCCCAGGCCCCCAGGGGGCUGCUUCCCCAGACCAAGACCCUGCCAAAGAAUCCCCCAAAGCAGAAGAGCAGAAAAUCGCACCCCGUGAGGUGUCCCCCCUCCUGCCGAAACCCCCCGAAGAGCCAGAAGCAGAAAGCAAAAGUGCGGACGCCCUCUGUGACCCCUUCAUUGUUCCAAAGGUGCAGUACAAGUUGGUCUGCCGCAAGUGCCAGGCAGGCUUCGGUGACGAGGAGGCGGCCAGGAGCCACCUGAAGUCCCUCUGCUUCUUCGGCCAGUCUGUGGUGAACCUGCAAGAGAUGGUGCUUCACGUCCCCACCGGCGGCAGCGGCGGUGGCGGCACCGGCGGCGGCGGCAGCGGCUCGUACCACUGCCUGGCGUGCGAGAGCGCGCUGUGUGGGGAGGAAGCUCUGAGUCAACAUCUCGAGUCGGCCUUGCACAAACACAGAACAAUCACGAGAGCAGCAAGAAACGCCAAAGAGCACCCUAGUUUAUUACCUCACUCUGCCUGCUUCCCCGACCCUAGCACCGCAUCUACCUCGCAGUCUGCCGCUCACUCAAACGACAGCCCCCCUCCCCCGUCGGCCGCCGCGCCCCCCGCCGCUUCCCCCCACGCCUCCCGGAAGUCAUGGCCGCCAGUGGGCCCCCGGGCUGCGGCCGCCAAGCCCGCUUUUCCUCCUCUCUCCUCAUCUUCAACGGUUACCUCAAGUUCAUGCAGCACCUCAGGGGUUCAGCCCUCGAUGCCAACAGACGACUAUUCGGAGGAGUCUGACACGGAUCUCAGCCAAAAGUCCGACGGACCGGCGAGCCCGGUGGAGGGUCCCAAAGACCCCAGCUGCCCCAAGGACAGUGGUCUGACCAGUGUAGGAACGGACACCUUCAGAUUGUAAGCUUUGAAGAUGAACAAUACAAACAAAUGAAUUUAAAUAAAAAAAUUAACAAACCAAUUUCAAAAAUAGACUUAACUGCAAUUCCAAAGCUUCUAACCAAAAAA